ACCACCGGAAAUAGACACGAAUAAAGCGGAAGAAGAGGGGGAGAAAAUUCCUCGGUGAUUUUCUUCUAGCUGUGCUGAGUGAAUUUGAGCGAGUCUUUCUCUGUCAAACUUACCCACUGUCGUCGCGACGAAGCCGAAACAUGGAUAGAUAGUGUUUGUUUAUUUGGACAUAAUCCAUCACAUCUGUGUCCAUCUUGGACUGACACCCAGGACUCUGACACAGAAAGACACACUUUUUUUUUUUUUUUUUUUUUUUUUUUUGCCUCUUGUGAAACUCCACAUUCCUUCCACUUUCCCUGUUGCCACCAGCAUGGCGAACAGCACCGCAACAGCAGGGAAGGUUAUGACCCCUGGCCCUGCUGGCAGAAGUAGUCCGGAGGGAUCUCAGGUGCUCAGUAAGAAGAAGCUGCAGGAUCUGGUGAGAGAAAUCGAUCCAAAUGAGCAGCUGGAUGAGGAUGUUGAGGAGAUGCUGCUACAAAUUGCAGAUGACUUUAUAGAGAGUGUAGUGACGGCAGCCUGUCAACUGGCACGCCAUCGUAAGUCCAACACCUUGGAGGUGAAGGAUGUUCAAUUACAUCUCGAGCGUCAGUGGAACAUGUGGAUUCCUGGUUAUGGCUCGGAUGAGAUCCGGCCGUUCAAGAAGGCGUGCACCACAGAGGCUCACAAACAGAGAAUGGCGCUGAUCCGCAAGACAACCAAAAAGUAGCACGACUGUAUGCUCAUAUGUUGUAUCCACUCUGUGUAUUGUCUUUUUUUUUCUUGUUUUUCUCUUGUCUACUGGGACUUUUUUUUGGGACUAAUGACGACAAAAAAUAUGGUUUGGGCGGGUUUUUUUGUUUUGUUUUUGGACAUUAGAUAGUGUUUCAUCGUUUUGACUCUCUAACUUUUUGAGUGUUUUGCCAGCACUGUCUCACCAUAUUGUAAAUCUCGUCUCUGAUUCUGUUUCGUUGCCAUUAAGCUAAGCCUGGCAGAACUUUAUUCAUUGCAUUUUUGUCAAUAAACAAUUACUGGAAUACUUCUUUUUGGAUUAUGAUCACUGCUGUAUCCAGUUUACCUUUUUGAUACGAGAGCAUUUGGGACGAGUGUUACUGAUUCAUUUGCCUCCUUUUUAAAAUUGGUAUUUGUAGUUAUCUUAACAAGAAUAGCUGAUCAUAGCCACUGAGUAUGUAUGAGAUCAUAGCCCCAACGUGUACCCACUCUAAUACAAUGCUGUUGAUUUUUUAGUUUCUUUUAAUAAAUAGAGAUAAUUCCAAAUUCCUACUUCAAAUGGUGGCCACAAAUGCAGUAAAUUGUUGUUACUUGUG